AUGGAUGAAGUACAGGAGAUGAUGGAAGCUUUAGCUAUAAACAAAUCAUGGUUCUAUGAGUCUGUUGAUCUUAAAUACGAGUUCGAUGCAUGUCAGUUCUUUGAUUUUUCUGUAGAUGAAACGGAUUACGAUGUACAAGAAGCAGAACGCUGGUUUAGAUAUGCUCGUGAAUAUCCACCUGCUCCUUACAUGAUUAAGAUCAAGUUGACUGAUGUAACAACGAGUGCUCCUGCGAAUGUUCACUCAACAAACACACCAAAACCAGAAGCUGAUGAAUCUGUUAGUGCUUCCAUACUUACUCCUUCAGAUUGGAGAAUGCCAUCUCCAGAAGAGAAAACUGAAGGUCUAAAAUAUCAUAAUUUGUUUGCUGAUGAUGAUCAUAUUGUGAAAGCUAAACCGAAGUCUGCAAACAAAUUAUGUAAACAAAGUAGAGCAUUCAUGAAACCUACUGCUAGCCAUUUAGCCAAGCAGAUUAACUCGGUAGAUAUACAAACUCAUAGUGGAUGUGACACUGAAGACACCAAAAGACAGAAGUUAGAGAUUGGAUUCUUGCGUAAGGUUGCACAACUGAAGCACCAGACCCCUUUUUCACACAAGAUGACUGCAAAGGCUUCACAGUUGGAGGCCAGCUCAAACACUCGAUCUAAAACCACCAUCCCUAGAAAACCUAAAUUGAUGACAGAAGAGAGAGCUCGAAGGCGUAGGUUUAGGUCCCAGAGUGAACCUGAAGCGAAUAUUUAUACUUUUAAAGCACUACCAUUGAAUAGAAAAAUACUUGAGUCACCUACAUUGCCAAUUCGUAAGAAGAGCAUGCCUCAUAAUGUAGCUUUUAAAGAUAUGGACACACACAACUAUUGA